GGAUCAGUGAGAGAGAGAGAGAGAAUUGGCAUAGAGGAGAUGUCUCUGGUGACAGAAGAUAUCAGAAGCAAAGCUGAGGUCCACUAUGGGGAUGAAGUUUGUCAGACGAAAUUCAAGGAGUUGCUCAGACAAGUAGAAAUGCCCGACGGUCUGAUCAUCGUACCGGAUUUAGAAGAAUGCGGGUACCUGAGGGAAACUGGCUUCGUGUGGCUGAAACAGAAAAAGAAGAGUGAGUACAGGUUCGAGACGACGGGGAGACUAGCCUCCUAUGCGCCGGAGAUCACAGCCUACGUGGAGCCACGCAGGAUCAAGAAGUUGAGUGGUGUGAAGUCCAAGGAGCUCAUGAUCUGGGUCACCGUGAACGAGAUAUACAUCGACGAUCCAGCCUCCGGGAAGAUCACCUUCAAGACAACCACGGGUCUGUCCAAAUCUUUUCCGAUUUCUGCAUUUGAUCUUAAGGAAAUCAAGAAGGCCAAAGAAAGGAAGGAAGCAAAGGAAGCUAAGGAAGGCAAAGAAGGAAAGCUGGUAGUGGUAGGAGAGGCGAAGUAGCUAAGCUAGCUAUUUAUAGCUAGUGAACUGGAUCAAAAGGCUUGAUGUUGGUGGGUUAAUUACAUGCGUAGGUAGAGCUUCAUUUUCUCGUCAUCUUGUAUUACUGCAUGCGUAAUGGCUAUGUUUGGUUUAUUUUCCUUAAUUUGCUAAUGCUAGUGGUGUUUUAGCAUUA